AUGCCCACAUCUCGGCUGGCGUCACAGGCUGCAGCCACCGAGCCCAAAACCAGGCAAGUCUUGCCAGACAAUGAAGGCAGCCACAUGGAAUCUGCACCCCAGCUUACUGGAGGCGGCGGUGGCAUUGGGUUCUGGUGGGAGGCAGGGGUUGUCAAGUAUUUGCAGCAGAGGUACGGCAGCAGCAUGGGGGCCUGGCAGAUGAGAGGGGCUUCAGCUGGCGCGCUUACUGCCACUCUGGCAGCCUGCAGCGUCAAUGUUGAUAAGGCAUUUGACUGCGCACAGAGGCUUGCACAGGAACACCGGCUCUUUGAGCGCUCCAUUGGCCUGACCGGUGUCUGGGGGAAGAUUGUGCGCCAGUGGCUCGAUGAGGUGCUUCCAGCAGAAGCAGCAGAUCUGUGCAGGAAUCGGCUCAAGAUAGCGGUGAGGGACAUGCACACCUUCAAGCUGGUGCUGCUUGACCAGUUUGACAGCAAGGCCGAGCUCGUAGACGCCAACCUGGCAUCUGCCCACAUCCCCUUCUUCCUCGACUGGAAGCCCUUUGCAGUGUACAGGGGCAGGCGGUAUGUAGACGGCUCGCUGCAGGAUGCUUGGAGAGGCAAGCACAGUGACAAGCUGACCGAUAAUGGCAGGUCGCUUGUGAUUACCCUACAGGAUGACAAGCUCGACAUGGGCCGCUUCGGCUUUGUGAAGCUGAAGGACCCGAAGGAGGUCAAGGGCAUGAUAUCGAGCGGCUAUGCAUACGCCGAGCGCUUGGAUGCUGCCGGCACUCUGGCGCGCCACUUUGGCACCCGAUGA